CUUCAGGAACAACGUGCCAACCUAACAAUUGGUUGUGUUGGCUGUCAAAUAAAUCGCCUACAAAUAACAUCCGGUUCCAUACCAUACUUCUUGCCAACAUUUGUGGUUAUUCUCAAGAAUAGUGUGGUUAUAAAAUCACGAGAUCUAUUAGUACGGCCAUUUACAUAUCCAACAUGGCGUCUCAUAACAUGUGUCGCUAUUCUGAAAAUGACAAUUUUCCCCAUUAUGCGAAAACGUCAAAUUAAAUUAUAUACCAUAUUUCUUAUGGCAUGGUUAUAUGUAUUAUUCUUCCUACGUAUCAGCUAUGAGGGUGUGAUGUAUCAUGUCAUUACAAAUCCACCUUAUCAACCUCUACCCAAAACGGUUAGGGAAUUAAUUGCACAAAAUUACACGCUCUUUGUUGAUUAUUCUACAUAUCGGGUAUUGGAAAAGCAACCAUUGCUAAAAGAAAGAUCACUCAGUGUUAAUUGCGGUCCAAUAGAGCUGUUGGAACAGAUAGAUGAGCUGCCGUACAAAAGUGGUAUUCUAACGACAAAUGUCUAUGUUGGCCAUUUCAUGAAGGCACGUAUGAAAAAUCUCACUCGUUACUCGGUGUUACAUGAGAAAAUAUUUAAUGGUUUAAAUUGCAUUUACUAUACGAGAGGUUCGUAUCUAGCCUCUGCUAUUGAUCCGAUUUUGCAGCGUCUAAUCGAUUCGGAUGCAAAUAUGGAGGAUAGGGAUAGAAUUAAAUUGUUGGUGGUCCAAGAAUCUGAGGAAGUGUUUUUGGAUUUGGAACGUUCGGUGCAAUUCACCAGAUCUCUGAAGACCGUACACA